GAAAAUGAUCUCUAUAACUUUCAUUUUGAUUUGGAUUUGAUGUCUUGGGACUCCGAUCUUUGGAAUAUUACAGGCCAUACUUUUGCAGAUGCAAGUGUGAAGACAGAACCCUUAUCGCCAGCUGCUUCAAAUUGUUCGGUCCCUUCUCCGUCAUCUGUGGACUCUCCAGUGCAGAAUGUGCCUGAUGAUGCAGACUUCAGCUGUAGCACCCAGAUGUCUCCUAUCUCUCUCUAUAGCAAGAGCUGCACAAGCCCUGCAUCCCCUGAAGGAGAUGAAGGGAAGAAGCCUGCUGUCAGCAUCAGUUCUCGGUCUGCAAAUAAUUCUGUGAGGGCCCUGAAGAGGUGUGGUCAGACAGCAUCCAGGCCUUCGAUACAGCCGAAGCCCCUUUUGCCUGCUGUACCUGAGGCUCAGGCUAACAUCGGCAUCCCAGCUAAAACCAUCAUUAUUCAGACUCUUCCCGCACUUGUGCCACUGACGAAGCAUCAGCCAGUUGUUAACAUCCAGCCAGCACCCCCUAAAGGUCAAUCAGUGGUGCUCCCCCAGCCCACUGUGGUACAACUCCAGGCUUCUGGGGUGCUUUCUGCCUCCCAGCCAGUCAUUGCUGUCACCGGAGGGACCACGCAGCUUCAUAAUCAUACAGUGAAUGCAUUGCCUCCAGCUGCUGGAAAUGGCUCAACAAGUGGCAAAAUACCAGUGAUGAAGCCCUUGGUUCAAAGCACCACACCAGCAAUGGGGCUGGAUAUCAAUGUCUUGAGAAGACAGGAGCGCAUGAUCAAAAACCGGGAGUCAGCCUUUCAGUCACGGAAGAAAAAGAAAGAAUACAUGUUGGGACUGGAGGCAAGGCUGGAGGCAGCCUUAUUGGAGAACGAGAAACUCAAGAAAGAAAACAGCACGCUGAAGAGACAGCUGGAUGAAGUGGUGUUAGAGAAUGAAAAGCUCAAAGUAUCAUCUCCAAAGAGAAGGACCCUGUGUGUGAUGGUGAUACUGGCUUUCAUAAUGUUGAAUUAUGGUCCAUUGAG